CGCAGUUUACAUCUGCAUCAUGACCAUUUAGUCUAUUUUAUUUUCUGUUAACCGAGGCUCGAGAACAACAAGACAACUGUGUCCCUCCCCAUCCACCUCAGCCAAUUUCAGACGCGCGCUGCGGGUAGCCUAAUUUUGGGGAACUUUCUUUUCGCUUCCUGUUUGCGCAAAUUCCGCUCUGUCGACUGUUUGCGCCUACUAAUCGCGCUCGUUCCGCUACCGUCACACUGAAACCACUGUGCGAGUCUGUAGCAGAUUUUCAGUGCAGUUUUCUGUCUAUCGAAGGAGAGUUGAAGUGAAGUGCGACUAUACUGUGUUCUGCUAAAUCUAUCGGAAAGCUUCACUCUUCAGUCCGCCUGGUCUCCAUCAACAUGUCGUCGCCACCCAGGCAACUACGAGAUGAGAGUGAUUUUGACCAGCUUCCUCACAACAUUCCCAUCAGUGCCACCAUCGCAGACAUUGAGGAGAAAAAAGGCUUCAUCGACUAUUACCGUUUUGUGAUCGAGGUAAGGACCAAAGGUGGUAGGAAGUACCUGAUCUACCGAAGGUACAGUCAGUUCUUCAACCUGCACAGUGACCUGCAGCUGAAGUAUUCACCUGAAGACCAGGACACACCUGGACCUAACACCUGCAGACUGCCCACCCUGCCUGGUAAAGUGUUCAUUGGCAAUAAGAAGGAGAUUGCAGAGAAUAGAAUUCCAGAACUCAACACUUAUAUGAAGAGAUUGCUGGGCCUGCCUACAUGGGUUCUAUUGGAUGACGUCAUCAGGAUGUUUUUCUACCAGACUGAGUCAGACAGUCAGUACCAACCACGAGCCCUGCGUCGCCUCCGACCCCCUACACGCAGAGUGAAGACAGUCAAACCCAACAAGACAGAUGUCUUCUCCUCCCCCAGAGCUGAGGUGGUGUUCGACUUCAGUGGGAGUGGACGACUGGAGCUGAGUAUGAAAGCUGGAGAGGUGAUCUUCCUUCUGAGGAGAGUUAACACAGACUGGCUGGAGGGCACGGUGAGAGAUCGGACAGGUAUCUUCCCAGAAUCUUUUGUGAAGAUCAUAAAGCCCCUCCCAGAGAGUGACUCUGAUGGCGAGGGGGGUGGGGCUUCGGGGAAGGGGGCGGGGUCUUACAGCUGCCUGCGCUGCUACCUGCUCACACCCCAGGGCGUCGACACCAGAGAUGUGUGCGUAGAAGAAGAUAUCUCAAUCCAGCCAUCAUACAAAGAACUACUGGCACGGAUGAGAGAUGUGUUCAAGGUGGAUGGCGACAUCGCCCUGAACUACCGCGACCCCGAGGGUGACCUGGUGCGUCUCCUUGACGACGGGGACGUGACACUUAUGGUGGCUGAUGGGCGGGGUCAAAGGGCAAAGGUCAAGCGACCUGUCAAUCAGUUUCAGUGGGAACUGCAUGUAACCAUGGCCUCUGACCUGUCUGUGUAUAAUACUGAGAUAUAAAGAGAGGGAGAGAGGAGGUUUUUACAUGUUUCUAUACUUGCUGAAGAGAAUGCAUUUUGUGUUUGCUUGAGUGAGUUUUAGUACAUGUGUGGGCGUAUGCACGCUUGCGCGUGAACUUGUCCAUCCAUGCCCUUGUGUAUGAGCGUGUGUGUGUCUCGCCAGCUUGCGUCCGUAAUCCACUGCAAACCCACAUUUAGUAGUCAGGUCCAAUGAUGAAUGACAGACUUUAAGGGGACAGACGUUGGAUUGUAAGACAUUACAGAAGUCUGAUUGAGCAAAGUACUGCAACCUAAAAGGCACACUAUGAGCCCUGGUCUAAAGUAGUGCACUAAUUAGGGAAUAGGGUGCCAUUUGGGACGAUCAAUAGUCACAUUCAUUAGUAUGUCUGUGUUUUGGUGGCUUUAAACUUCUAACAUUUCACCUGUAUAUUUUACUUUUACUGUUGAGUAAAUGUUAAUAUAAGGACAUUUAAUAAAGGUUUAAAAACA